AGUCUGAGCAGUUCUUUGAAUUUCUUACUCUAAGAUCUGGCCUGUACAUUUGCAAGGAAUUCUUGAGAGCUUCCUGGACAGAUUCUGGGAGCCAAGCACCCCAUUGGAAUCCUAGCUGCUUGAGUGUAGGACUGAAAAAAGAAGCCAAAGAAAAAGGGAAUGAGCUGAAGAAAUACACACACAUAUACACACACACAUCAGGAAGCAACAUGCAAGGAAAAAUCAAGUGAGAGGUUCAAGGCUCCGAUGAGGAAUUGUGCUCUGUGCGUUCCAUUCAUGGGCUUUACCGAAGGCCAGCACAAUGGACUCAGCAUCUCAGGCAUGUUUUAGAGAACAACUUGUAAUGGAGCCUUCACCUCUUGAGCUGCCAGCUGACACAGUGCAGCGCAUUGCGACUGAACUCAAAUGCCACCCAACGGAUGAGAGGGUCGCUCUCCACCUAGAUGAGGUAGAUAAACUGCGGCACUUCAGGGAGUGCUUUUAUAUUCCCAAAAUACAGGAUCUGCCUCCAGUUGAUUUAUCAUUAGUGAAUAAAGAUGAAAAUGCCAUCUAUUUCUUGGGAAAUUCUCUUGGUCUUCAACCAAAAAUGGUUAAAACAUAUCUUGAAGAAGAACUAGAUAAGUGGGCCAAAAUAGCAGCCUAUGGUCAUGAAGUGGGGAGGCGUCCUUGGAUUACAGGAGAUGAAAGUAUUGUAGGCCUUAUGAAGGACAUUGUAGGAGCCAAUGAGAAAGAAAUAGCCCUAAUGAAUGCUUUGACUGUAAAUUUACAUCUUCUAUUGUUAUCAUUUUUUAAGCCUACGCCAAAACGAUACAAAAUUCUUCUAGAAGCCAAAGCCUUCCCUUCUGAUCAUUAUGCUAUUGAGUCACAACUACAACUUCACGGACUUAACAUUGAAGAAAGUAUGCGGAUGAUAAAGCCAAGAGAGGGGGAAGAAACCUUAAGAAUAGAAGAUAUCCUUGAAGUAAUUGAGAAGGAAGGAGACUCAAUUGCAGUGAUCCUGUUCAGUGGGGUACAUUUUUACACUGGACAGCACUUUAAUAUUCCUGCCAUCACAAAAGCUGGGCAAGCGAAGGGUUGUUACGUUGGCUUUGAUCUAGCACAUGCCGUUGGAAAUGUUGAACUCUAUUUACAUGACUGGGGAGUUGAUUUUGCCUGCUGGUGUUCCUACAAGUAUCUAAAUGCAGGAGCAGGAGGAAUUGCCGGUGCCUUUGUUCAUGAAAAGCAUGCCCAUACGAUUAAACCUGCAUUAGUGGGAUGGUUUGGCCAUGAACUCAGCACCAGAUUUAAGAUGGAUAACAAACUGCAGUUAAUCCCUGGGGUCUGUGGAUUCCGAAUUUCAAAUCCUCCCAUUUUGUUGGUCUGUUCCUUACAUGCUAGUUUAGAGAUCUUUAAGCAAGCGACAAUGAAGGCAUUGCGGAAAAAAUCUAUUUUGCUAACUGGCUAUCUUGAAUACCUGAUCAAGCAUAACUAUGGCAAAGAUAAAGCAGCAACCGAGAAACCAAUUGUGAACAUAAUUACUCCAUCCCAUAUAGAGGAGCGGGGGUGCCAGCUAACAAUAACAUUUUCUGUUCCAAACAAAGAUGUUUUCCAAGAACUAGAAAAAAGAGGAGUGGUUUGUGACAAGAGGAAUCCAAAUGGCAUUCGAGUGGCUCCAGUUCCUCUCUAUAAUUCUUUCCACGAUGUUUAUAAGUUUACCAGUCUGCUCACUUCUAUACUUGACUCUGCAGAAACAACAAAUUAGCAGUGUUUUCUACAGCAACUUAAGCAAAUUAUACUGAAAGCUGCUGUGGUUAUUUCAGUAUUAUUCCAUUUUGAAUUAUUGAAAGUAUGUCACCAUUGACCACAUAUAACUAACAAUAAAUAAUAUAUCUUACAGAAAAUCUG